AUUUUGAGUGUAGGGGUUUUAGCCGGUGGGAUUUAAGAACAGUCUCAUUUCCGGUAUUACCGGAAGCAACUUGAAAAUGGCGUCUUCCUCGCUGGACAAGCCGGACAAAGCGGCUGGAAGGAGUGAAUCUCGCAACCAGAAGCCAAAGCCGGAGAACCAAGAUGAAUCAGAACUCCUCACUGUUCCUGAUGGUUGGAAGGAACCACCGUUUUCCAAGGAGGACAAUCCCAGAGGACUCUUGGAGGAGAGCAGUUUUGCAACUUUGUUCCCAAAAUAUAGAGAGGCUUACUUGAAAGAGUGUUGGCCGUUGGUGCAGAAAGCCUUGAAUGAACAUCACAUCAAUGCAACCCUGGACCUGAUUGAGGGCAGUAUGACUGUUUGUACUACAAAGAAGACUUUUGAUCCAUAUAUCAUCAUUAGGGCCCGAGAUCUAAUAAAACUGUUAGCAAGGAGUGUUUCAUUUGAACAGGCAGUACGAAUUCUUCAGGAUGAUAUUGCAUGUGACAUAAUUAAAAUAGGUUCUUUAGUAAGAAAUAAAGAAAGAUUUGUAAAAAGAAGACAACGGCUUAUUGGUCCCAAAGGAUCUACAUUGAAGGCAUUGGAACUUUUAACAAACUGUUACAUUAUGGUUCAGGGAAACACGGUUUCAGCCAUUGGACCUUUUAGUGGCUUAAAAGAGGUGCGAAAAGUAGUUCUAGAUACUAUGAAGAAUAUUCAUCCAAUUUAUAACAUUAAAACUUUAAUGAUUAAAAGAGAGUUGGCAAAAGAUUCUGAAUUACGAUCACAAAGUUGGGAAAGAUUUUUGCCACAGUUCAAACACAAAAAUGUGAAUAAACGCAAGGAACCAAAGAAAAAAACUGUUAAAAAAGAGUAUACACCAUUCCCACCACCACAACCAGAAAGUCAGAUUGAUAAAGAAUUGGCUAGUGGUGAAUACUUUUUGAAGGCGCAUCAGAAGAAGCGACAGAAAAUGGAGGCAAUAAAGGCUAAACAAGCAGAAGCUCUCAGUAAGAGACAAGAGGAAAGAAACAAAGCUUUUAUUCCACCUAAAGAAAAACCAGUUGUGAAACUUAAGGAAGCUUCUACUGAAACUAAAAUUGAUGUGGCCACCAUCAAGGAAAAGGUUAAGAAAGCAAAGAGUAAGAAACUGGGAGCUCUUACGGCUGAAGAAGUUAAGCUUAAGAUGGAAGCAGAUGAAAAGAAAAAGAAGACAAAAAAGUAAACAAAAAAAUCCCCUUAAGUACAACUUAAGCUAUCUCCUUUUGUGAAGGAUUUUGAGGUACUAGGGCAUUAGUUGCCUUAUUUGUGAGAAGUAACACUUGGAUCACUUUUUUCCUGAUUUUUAAUAGUGUUCUUUAUAAAUAUAAAUUAUUGUAUACUAGAAAGUGAUAUGUAUUGUAUACAUUGUACCUACCUAAUCAGUUCCAGGCAAGCUUUGCUUGAUUUUAGAAAUAAUUUUUAUAUAUAGAUCUGUAAUAAUGUCCCAGCAUUUGGUUUUCAGGAAAAUAAAUACCAAUUUUUCAAUGACCUCUUUCUAAAUAUUUAGGUUUAACCCUUUUUAUAAUUUUGUUUUAUGCCAAAAUUAAACACCUCACAAGGAGAACAUUAAGGCCUCUGAAAUAAAAUCCUUUAGUUGCUAUUCUAAAACCAGCAAGACAUCAAAUUAUAAGAUUAGAGUUAAAACAGUAUAUGAGAAGUAGGGAUAAUGUUUUUAACCAAUGAGGGCCACUGGAGUUAGUUACAUAGAAUCACCUAAAUAUAUCUUGCUAAUUUUGCAGAUUUGGAAGCUGAACCUAGAUUGAUUACUGAAAGUCCAGCUAUGGUAGCCUAAAAACAGUGCUUAUUCAUAGAAAAAUGGAAAGUAAACAUGAGUUUAUCCAGUACAAUUUCUUCUUUUAAAUAAGGGUUUAUUGCAGUAACAUUUUUUUGUCUGAAUACACCCAAUCGUUACUGGUUAAAAAAAGCCCUAUAUGAAUAAAGUUUUUUCCCCUGGAUUGUAUUAGUCCAAAAGAACUAAAUUAGGGUAUUUGUGCUUUACGAAAAUGGUAACUAUAACAGAUAGUAGCCGAAUUAUUGCACUAACAAUGAGAAAGAGAGAAGUGUAUCUGUUACGUGAAGAUAUGGUCCAGCCUGGAUACACAACAGAGUAGUAACCUGGGAAACAAACAUAGAAUAAUAUCCUCUUAAUCUUCAUUUCUCAUAAUGCAGUGACAUAAUUCACAUACCUUUUAAUGAAACACUUUAAGAUUUAUGUACGUACGUGUGACUUUGUCUCGCUGUGGGUUAACUGUAAAAUCAAGGAGAAGAAAGAAAAACUUAAUGGUAGGUACAGGUACAGCUUUUGUUUUAUUUUAAAAAGCUAAGUCUUUAGUUAUAACCAUUACCUAGUGCUUUAUUGCAGUGAUUUUCAAAGGUUAUUCAGCUUUUUUUGUACUGAAUGAACUAAUUUGGUAUUUUUGAGUUUUUAUAUAAACUUUAUAUGUAAACCUUUUAUGUAAAGGAAACUAUACCACUACUAUAAAUAAAAAAAAAAAAACAUUUCA